AUGUAUUUCCUUUUGUUUGGUGCUGAUUUUCUUUCUUUUAAAUUCUUUCUUUCAUUCUCUUUCUUGAUUUCAACUUUCUUUGAAGACAUUCAGGCGUUCUAUCAACUCUUUUCUUUGUACGCAUUUGAAUAUUCUUUCUUUCUUUCUAUCGUAUUUUCCUUCUUUCCUACUUUCUUUCUUUCUUUCUUUCAUACUUUCUUUCUUUCUUUCUCUCUUUCGUACUUUCUUUUUCUUUCUUGUUUUCUUUCUAUCGUACUUUCUUUCUUUCCUUCGUACUUUCUUUCUUUUGUUAUUUCUUCCUUUUGUUAUUUCUUUCUUCUUUCUGUCGUGUUCUAUCAAGUCUUUUCUUUGUACGCAUUUGGAUAUUCGUUCGUUCUUUCUUUCUAUCGUACUUUCCUUCUUUCCUACUUUCUUUCUUUCUUUCGUACUUUCUUUCUUUCUUUCUUUCUAUCGUACUUUCUUUCUUUCUCUCUUUCGUACUUUCUUUCUUACUUUCUUGUUUUCUUUUUAUCAUACUUUCUUUCUUUCCUUCGUACUUUCUUUCUUUCUUUUGUUAUUUCUUCCUUUCGUUAUUUCUUCCUUCUUUCUUUCGUUAUUUCUUCUGUCUUUCUGUCUUUCUUUCUUUCUUUCUUUCUUUCUUUCUUUCUUUCUUUCUUUCUUUCAAUUAUCCAGUUUGUUUUAUUUCUUGUAGAUGUCUCUUUUUACUUCUUUCUCCAUUUCUUUGCAAGUAUUCGAAUCUUCUUUCUUUAUUUUUGUACUCUUUCUUUCCUCAUUUGUAAAUUUUCUUUCCUUCUUUUUAGUUUCUUUCCUGCCGACAUUCAAAUGUUCCUCUUUUAUUUUCUUUCUAUCAUAUCCGAAUUUUUUUCAUUCAUUCAUUCAUUCAUUCUUUCUUUCUUUCUUUCUUUCUUUUAUACGUAUUUAGCCUUUCUUUCUUUUUUGCAAAUAUACGAAUUUUCUUUCAUUCUUUUCUUCCUUCCUCCUUUCUUUCAUUAUUCUUUCUUUAUACUCAUUAAUAGUUUUUUCUUUCUUAUUGUAGAUAUUCGAAGUUUCUCUUUCCUUCUUUCUUUCUUUUUUUCCUUCUUCCUUUCUUUUUUCCUUUGCUUCUUUCUUUCUUUUUUCUUUAUAUGCAUUAAUAUUUUCUUUCCUUCUUUUUUUAGAUAUUUAUUUUCUGUCUUCCUUUCAUUCGUGGCACAGUUUCAGAUAUCCUUACUAUCAACUUUUCUUUCUAGAAGACAUUCAGAUUUUCUUUCUUUCUUUCUUUCUUUCUUUCUUUCUUUCUUUCUUUCUUUUUCUAGAUUAUCACUACAUUUCUUAAUCUCUUCACUAACGAUAUUUAUUUUUAUUCCUUUGUUCAUAUCUAUCUAUCCCAGUCCACAUGCUAUCUAUCUAUCUAUCUAUCUAUCUAUCUAUCUAUCUAUCUAUCUAUCUAUCGAGGUCUGUUCAUAUCUCUCUAUGUAUAAAUCUAUUUCCGUAUGUUAUCUAUCUAUCUAUCUAUCUAUCUAUCUAUCUAUCUAUCUAUCUAUCUAUCGCAUUUGUUAUCUAUCUAUCUAUCUAUCUAUCUAUCUAUCUAUCUAUCUCAUUUGUUAUCUAUCUAUCUAUCUAUCUAUCUAUCUAUCUAGCCUAGCCUGCUCGCUUGGUAUCUAUCUAUCUAUCUAUCUAUCUAUUUGUUAUCUAUCUAUCUAUCUAUCUAUCUAUCUAUCUAUCUAUCUCCUCAUGUCUUACCACAACAUUAUCUAUCUCAUGUCUAUUUGUCAUUUGGUUCUUAUCUAUCUAUCUAUCUUUCUAUCUAUCUAUUAUGUGAAUGUAAUGAUUUAUCUAUCUUCCGCAAUUUCUAUCUAUCUAUCUAUCUAUCUAUCUAUCUCAGUCUCUUUCUUUCUUCUCUUUCUUUCUUGCUAUCUGCCACAGUUUCUAUCUAUCUAUCUAUCUAUCUUAGUAUUAAGUGUUCUUUUAUCAUAA